AUGGGUGCUCUCGACAUUGUGCGUGGGCGGGACGACAAUGGCCGCCUGACCCGGUCGGUUGUCGAUACAACGACUUUUGAGGACUCGAAGCAUGCGCAGUCAGAUGCUGCUGGCACCGAUGACCCUGAGGCCCGCCCGACCAGUGACUCCCAGACGCUUCGAGACUCCGAUUCGUCUUACGGUGUCAAUGGCAUCUCAGACGAUGAGAAGGAAGCCCAGCACAACCCGGACCGUGUUACCGACAAGGCUGGCCUGGGUCAGCAGAAGGCCGAAGCCGCUGCCCUGGUCUGGAGCCGCCCAGCUGUCUUUGGUAUCUAUGCUUGGAUUUGGGUUGGCUUCUUCAUGCUUGCGUUCCACUCGGCGAUUAGCUCCACCCUGAUGAACUGGGUGUACAGCGAUUUCCAGUCGGCUCCGCAAAUUUCAACCUCAUACAUUCUAGCCAGUAUCAUCGGUGGUGUGCUGAAGCUGCCCCUGGCCAAGACCCUCCAGCUGUGGGGCCGCGCUGAGGCUCUGCUGUUUUCAACCGCGAUUUAUAUCCUUGGCAUGAUCAUUUUGGCAUCAUGCAAUGGCCCCAAUGGCUUUGCGGCCGGAUACGUGCUAUACUGGAUCGGCUACUAUUGCAUGUAUUUGAUCUUGGAUAUUUUCGUCGCAGAUACUACGGGCCUGCGCUCGCGAGCCUUUGCUUUCGCCUUUGCCUCGACUCCAUUCAUCUGUACCGCGUUCACCGGCUCUCUAGCGGCACAGUCGAUCUACAACCUUUGCGGCUGGCGUUGGGGCUAUGGAAUGUUUUGCAUUAUCCAGCCUGUCGUCUUCUGCCCCCUCGCGCUGAUUUUCAAGUUCUACGAGCGAAAGGCCAUCUCGAAGGGUGUUUGGAAGCCCAGGAACAGUGGACGCACAAAGAUGCAGUCUAUUAUUCACUACUUCCACGAAUUUGAUGUCAUUGGUGCUUUCUUGCUCAUGGCCGCCUGGGUCCUCUUCCUCCUGCCCUUCAGUUUAGCCCAGUACGGCCGCUCCCAGUACAGAUCGGCUACCUUCAUCUCGAUGGUUAUCAUCGGCCCCUGCAUGCUUUUGGUCUUCGCUGCGUGGGAAAGAUGGGGUGCGCGCCACCACUUCAUUCGCUACGAAUUGCUCAAGAGACCCACCAUUCUGGGCGCAUGUAUUUGCGCUGGGGUCUGCUUCUUCAGCUUCUACCUGUGGGACCAGUACUUCUACAACUUUGUGCUGAUUACCUAUGACCUGAAUAUCAGCAAUGCCGGCUACAUGAUUCAAAUUUACAACGUGGGCUCGUGCUUCUGGUCCCCGAUCCUCGGUCUUAUCAUCUGGUGGGUCAGGCGGUUCAAGUACAUUGUGUUGUGCUUUGGUGUCCCACUGAUGCUCCUUGGCUCCGGCUUGAUGAUCUAUUUCCGUGGCGGGGACCACGGGAUUGGCUACAUUAUCAUGUGCCAGAUCUUCAUCGCUUUCGCUGGUGGCACCAUUGUCAUCGGUGAGGAUAUGGCCGUCAUGGCCGCCGGUGGUCGUGAGGGUACCCCUAUGAUGCUGGCCUUGAUCGGUCUGUUCUCUAGCAUCGGCGGUGCAAUCGGCUAUGCCGUUUCUGCUGCCAUUUACAACAACGUGUUUGUGGAGGCGCUGGCCAGUCACUUACCUGACAACCUCAAGGCGAACGCGACCACAAUCUACAUGGACGGCAUCGGCGUGCAGGACACCUAUGCGGUGGGCUCUCCCCUUCGUGAUGCCUGCAUCUACGCUUGGGGCCACGCCCAGCGUAUGAAUUGCAUUGCCUCAACCUGCAUCCUGGUUCUGCUUAUCCCUUCGAUCGCCGUGUGGAAGAACUACGACGUCGGCAAGAAGCAGAACAAGGGUACCAUGCUUUUCGAGUAA